AUGGUCUCUACCUACGCCCACAAUUCUUCCAUGCGCGAUAGAAUCGAGCGUGUCACUCGAGACCUAGAAGAAAUCUCCAACAUACUAUCCAUCCAUGUAUCGCCCCUGCGAACAGGACGUUUACGACGGUUCUUCACCGAGGAACUUGCAUCUCUCCGCAGCGAGCCAUUCGAUGCAUACGAUCAAGAAAGUAAAGUGGAUUACCUACUGCUUCAGAACUACCUGGAGAGACGGCUGCGCACCCUGGUCCUGAACACAGAGCGAGACGAGAGAGCACGUCCUCUUCUUCCCUUUGCCGCGGCGCUGGUCGAUCUGUGUGAAUCUCGCGCAGCGGUUCGUCCUCUCGUGCCGAAGGACACGGCGCAGGUUCUCUCCCAGACGCAAAAGUGCGUUUCACGCGGCAAAAAAACCAUCGAUGCUUUGAGAGAGCAUCUGAAAGAGUGGUUCGGGUUUUAUAAAGGCUACGAUCCCCUGUUUGACUGGUGGGUAGUACAUCCAUACGGAGUGGUCGAUAGCAGUCUGGAGAGUCUGUCGUCUACGAUUCGAGAGAAACUCGUCGGGAUAAAACCAGGAGACGAAGAUGCGAUCGUGGGUGAGCCGAUCGGACGGGGAGCUUUGCUUCUCGAGCUUCACACGGAGAUGAUCCCGUACACGCCAGAGGAGAUCCUCGCGAUCGGGGAGAGAGAAUUCGACUGGUGCAUCGCGGAAAUGAAACACGCAUCGAAUGCCAUGGGGUUCGGCGACGAUUGGAAACAAGCCCUCGAGGAGGUCAAAAACGACUACGUCGAGCCGGGGAACCAGACGCAGCUGGUGCGGGAUCUCGCCCGCGAAGCCAUUGCCUUCGUGGAGAAUCACAACCUCGUCACCGUCCCGUCGAUCGCCAAAGAAACCUGGCAAAUGUUCAUGAUGUCGCCGGAGAAGCAGAAAACAAACCCGUUCUUCCUUGGGGGCGACUCGAUCAUCGUAUCCUAUCCGACGGAUACGAUGGACCACGAGAGAAAGAUGAUGAGCAUGCGCGGGAACAAUAUUCAUUUCUCGCGCGCGACCGUCUUCCACGAGCUGAUCCCGGGCCAUCGAUUGCAGUUUUAUAUGACUUCGAGAUAUCGUUCGUAUCGCCAGCUAUUUCACACACCUUUCUGGAUCGAGGGCUGGUCCCUCUACUGGGAGAUGAUCCUGUGGGAUGACCCCCGGUUCCAGAAGACGUCACAUAACCGCAUUGGGAUACUCUUCUGGCGACUUCAUCGCUGCGCCCGAAUCAUUUUCUCCGUGAACUUCCACCUGGGUCGAAUGACGGCGCAGGAGUGCAUCGAUCUGCUCGUUGACCAGGUCGGACAUGAACGCGCCACGGCAGAAGGCGAGGUGCGACGGUCGCUAGCGGGGGAUUAUUCCCCAUUAUAUCAGGCGGGAUACAUGCUAGGAGCGUUACAGAUUUCUGCACUGCGUAGGGAGAUCGUGGACACUGGAGUGGUGGCGGAGAUCGACUUCCACGACCGAUUUCUGAAGGAAAAUGGGAUGCCCAUUGAGCUGGUCAGGGCCCUGAUGGAGGAAAUUCCACUGAGCAGGGAUUAUUCCCCCUCCUGGAGAUUCUACCAGCUAUAG